CUCAGUAUAUCCCAAAAAGCGAGAAAAGCCAACAAAACCCGUUCUCAUACAGGCAAUUCUAACGCAGCCCUCAUCCCAUCCUGAAAACUUUUCUCCAUAGAAGAAGACGGAUCGGAUUUACAGUACCAACUAGAAAGUCCAGUUCGACCAUAAGAGAUGUCACAGGAGCAUGACAAUAAGCGGGCGGUGCUCGUGCUACAGAAUGAUCCGGCUUACAGCCAGCGGAGGCCUUUCACGAGUGAAGAUGAGGCCUGGAAGUCCUUCCUGGAGAACCCACUCACGGCGGCCACCAAAGCCAUGAUGAGCAUCAACGGAGAUGAGGACAGCGCAGCCGCUCUGGGUUUGCUGUACGACUACUAUAAGGUGCCACGGGAAAAGAGAACAAUGUCCCAGCAAAAGACUGACGUCCUGGGCUCUGAUGUGGAUCCCAACAAAAGGAAUCUAAUGGCUCCUCUCCAAGAAACGGCAAUGGGAUCGCCCGAGAACAGAAUCCAGGUUUUGAAAGGGGUUCCCCUAAACAUUGUGCUUCCCGGGAACCAGCUCCUCCAGGACAAGAGAGCCCUUUUCCCCACACCCGACACUACUGUGACGGUGUCCAUCGCGGCUGUGCCAAACUACCCAGUGAAGACCGAGAAUCAGACGCACGGCUUCUCCGUCACGGUCCCCAACCCUCACUGCUCGGAACCCGACAGCCACACGGUGGUGUUCGACCGGCAGCUCGCUCACAACCAGUUCAGCCCCAACACACAGCCGCGCACCCCAGACUCGACCUUCCCCGAAACCUUCAAAGAUGGCCCCUCAGAAGUGUUCUCGUUCCCAGGAGAUCUCCAGUUACGCAUGGCUUCCAUCACGCCGGAGGACUAUGGAGCUUUUGACACAGUGUCUGGGAACAAUUUUGAGUACACGCUAGAAGCCUCCAAGUCCCUCAGACAGAAGUCUGGCGAUGGCACAAUGACGUACCUCAACAAGGGCCAGUUCUAUCCCAUCACUCUCAGGGAAACUGACAAUGGAAAACUGCUGCAUGGCCCCAUCUGUAAAGUCAGGAGUGUUGUGAUGGUAGUGUUUGGAGAAGAGAAAAGCAGAGAUGACCAGCUCAAGCACUGGAAAUAUUGGCACUCCAGACAACACACCGCCAAACAGAGAUGUAUUGAUAUUGCGGACUAUAAAGAAAGUUUCAACACCAUCAGCAAUAUUGAGGAGAUUUCAUAUAACGCCAUUUCAUUCACAUGGGACAUCAACGAGGAGGCAAAGAUCUUCAUCUCAGUGAACUGCCUCAGUACAGACUUCUCGUCUCAGAAGGGAGUGAAGGGCCUGCCGCUCAACAUCCAGAUCGACACCUAUAGCUACAACAACCGCAGUAACAAGCCCAUCCACCGCGCGUACUGCCAGAUCAAGGUCUUCUGCGACAAGGGCGCUGAACGCAAGAUCCGCGACGAGGAGAGGAAACAAUCCCGCAGGAAGGGCAAGUGUCCUGAAGUCAACCCUUCUUUAGGAAACUUUGGAGCGGAUGUGAAGGUGCCACUCCUGCAAAAGCGCAGUGACAUCACCAUCUUUAAAACAAUGACUGACUUUGAGACACAGCCUGUGCUCUUUAUCCCCGACAUACACUUCUCCACCUUCCAACGUCAUCCUUUCCCUACCGAAGACUCAGAGGAGGGCUCGGGGAUGAAGAGAUUACCUUACACCGAGGAAGAGUUCGGGUCGCCUCCCAAUAAGCUUGCGAGGAUAGAAGAGCCAAAAAGAGUUUUGCUGUAUGUGCGUAAGGAGACGGAAGAAGUGUUUGAUGCCCUCAUGUUAAAGACUCCUACACUAAAAGGCCUAGUGGAGGCGAUUUCAGAGAAAUAUGAAGUUCCUCUUGACAAGAUGGGAAAGGUCUACAAGAAAUGCAAAAAGGGGAUCUUGGUAAACAUGGACGACAACAUCAUCAAGCACUACUCCAACGAGGACACCUUCCAGAUCCAGAUGGAAGAAAUGGGAGGAAUGAUAAAGCUGACGCUGACGGAGAUUUAAAUGACUGGUUUACACGAGACCUUUCCGUCUACUCUAUUAGGACACCAUACAGUAAAUCUCUUCAUGAUCUUUUAGUCCAAAGAACCUUUUUGUCUAUGAGCCUAAAGUACUUUGUACAAGAAUUGAGAGAGAAUUAAUGUGUUUCUGCUGACUACCUUGAAGAGUUUGAGCCAAUUAUUGUUUUUUUAUAAGUAUAAACAGCCAGAUUUUUAACAGUGGUUCUGUAACUCUGACAGUAGUCACAAUUAUAAUUGACUAUAGUUUACUAUAGUUACAAUUUUCUUUCAAGUUAUAGCACUGGAGAUCCUAACCACUAAAAAGGGACGAUUGGGCAAUUAUUAAGGCAUUACUGCUGUAGUAACAUGGGUUUGGUGACUCAUUGGUUCACUGUAUUUUCCCUGAGCAGUAUUUAGUGAGUACAGUAUAUACCUUGCUUAAAGUGAUAGUUAACACAACAUGAAAAUUUUGUCAUCAUUUUGUCAAAAAAAAUUGUCACCAUUUACCUCUUGUCAUUUCAAACCUGUAUGACUUUCUUUCUUGUGUACAACACAAAUGAAGAUAUUUCAAAGAAUGUUGGUAACCAAACGAGGCAGUAACCCAUUCUUUUGUAUGGACACAAAACCAAUGCAAGUCAAUGGGUACCAUUGUUGUUCGGUUACCAACAUUCUUCCGAAUAACUUCUUUUGUGUUCAUACAGGUUUGAAAAGACAAGAGGGUGAGUAAAUGAUUAUUUUUGGAUAAACUAUCACUUUAACAACUCCACAUGGUGCAUUGUCACAAACGCGGUGUUUGUGUGUAUGUAUAAGUUUAUGUGCACAUUGAUACUUAUAUAUCAAAACAGUUUUAAUAACAGCAAAGCAGGUGGCUUGUUUUAUAUGGUUUAAAAGAAUAACGUAUAUCUUUAUUCUGUAUUUUUGUGAAAGAACUGUGAUGCUCUACAAACAAGGCUAAAUGAACUCUUAAAUAUUUAAAUCCCCUUUAUAUCUUUGUAUUCAAGUUUCAUUCAAAACAUUUAAGCAAAGUAUGCAAGUAUCUUUGAAAGUGGCCCUGAAAUCAAAAGUAUUAUUUUUUUAGUUUGUUACACAGUAAUCAUUAUAUUAUGCCCCUCGGUGUACACUUAAACUUCAAUUCCUGUUUCGGUUAGGUCCUUUUCUGUUGUUGUUAAUGAAAUGUACAGCUUUUGAUUCUGAGUUUUCUAAAUGCAACCGAUUACUCUUUUGUACCAAACAACUUGUGUAUAUAUUUAUUGUCAUACUGGGAUGGGACCUUUUAUAGAGAAAAACGUUUUCUAAAACAUGAUAUAUCGAUUAAAGUUUUUAAAUCAAAUCAUUCUAAAUGAUCUAUUUAUGCAAAGGGAAUUUUUUUAGUUGUCUGAUUUGUUUUUCUAAUGCAUACGGCACGUCCUCAUAUGCAAAGAUGUUAUUUACCUUUAACUGUUAGUCAGAAAUAUUUCUUAUGUGUUAAAUACACAUUUUCUGUAAGGUCAAAUAAAAGCAGCUUUGUGU